UAUUUCCUAGCCAGUCUUCUCAUAUUUUGUCUGAUUUGCGGUGUCCUUCUACUCAUUUUCUGGGUGCGCCAAUCUCGCAAGCAAGCCGCGUUACAGUCCAAUUUGGAAGCGGCGCAACUCCAAAUCGCAACCACACCCCAGCUGGGUGACCGGCAUCUGGCCACAUCGGCACAGUGCUAUCACUUCGCGCAUCAGAAACAGCAAAUGAUCUCACAGACAACGAGUGAAGAAGCCGAUUCAGUAGACGUUGCCGGUGAUGAUGGUGGCGAUAUCACAGAUGAUACAAACAGUGAAAGCGUUUACGAAUUCCCCGGUUUGGACAUGGAAAACGGUCGAGAGGUGGAGAACCCGGGAUUUAAUCCGCAAUCGCCACAAAUUCCUCAACCCGGGGUGGACAAAUGCAGCCCGUUGCGGGUACCGUGA